AUGGCUGGCCCAGGUGGUGGUCCUCCGCGACGCAGUCACACCAAGUCCCGCAAGGGCUGUGAUAACUGCAAACGUCGACACAUUCGCUGUGACGAGAACUUCCCCCAAUGCCGUAAUUGUACCAAACACAAGGUCCGGUGCCCGUACAAUGAUGUUCCGGUCCCUGAUGAGAGGGCCGCAACUCCCGAUAAGCCCGAUCUGAUGUGGACCCCUGAGAUCGAGGCUGCCGUCGAGCAGUGGCAACGAACUGGUGUUUUCCCGUUCCCGAGCCUCAACAUCUAUCCCGCGCCUGUGCCUCAGUACUUUUCGGUUGAGGACCUCCGGUUAAUUUUCCACGUUGCUGCCAUUUGCAAUGAGAUGAGUGCCAUGGACGCCAAUGGGUUCACUCUCUGGACCCGCCAGAUUCCGACAAUUCUCAAAAUUGGUGCUACUCAUGGCUACGUCAUGCAUGCUCUGCUCGCCUUCUCGGCUGAGCACAUCGCCUUCUUGACCAACUGCCCGCACGUGGGCAGCAUGGCUUACGAGCAUCGCGGUAUCGCGCUCAAGGGAUUGCAGGAGGCCAUAGGAUCGUUCUCGCGUGAAAACUCUGAUGCUGUUCUGGCUGCCUCGCUUGUGCUCUCGUGGCAGGCGACAGAUUGGCGAAGCUGGACCCAAUUGAUGCAAGGAACCUCAUCCGUGAUUGAUGCUAUGGAACCCUGGAAGCACGAAUCCCAGUUUGGGGAGUUCAUUGCCGAAAGCAGCACGUUCCCUACUGCUCCUCCAUCCCCCACGCCGGAUCACAAGCCUCAUCAACCGCGCAAGGAGGAUCUCGAUGCGUUCCAGCGCACCAUCAACCAGAUCACCAAGGUUGAAGCUCAUCUCAAGCAGAACAAGGAAGACCCCCAACUAGCUACGCAGCUAGUAUGCUUCCUCAAGGGUGCUCGCAAGGUCAGCCCAAUCCAGUCGAUUGAAGAUCAGUUUGAUCGACUCCGACCACUCCGCACCUGGCUUUUCUGGCUUCCCGUGAUGUGCUUCAAGCAAAACGGCACAUCUCCAAGUGCUUUGGUUGUCGUCGCGCAUUAUUACACAGCUGCGAUCAUGAUGGAACGCCUCUUCCCUGAGAUUGGGGCUGCCUACUUCGGUAGCCUUGCAAUUGGCCCGGUAGAGGAGAUUGCUCGGCGCCUGCUCUCUAUCAACGUUUCUGGAAGCCUCGACGGAGACUCGCAAACACCUCUCUCACUCAUGGAGUUCCCCAUUGACACCGUCAAUGAGUUUCGAUCCAGGAUGGGUUGGGUACAACCGGUUCGCACGCCAUCCUUCCCUCAGUUCGACCCACCCAACUUCUAUAUGAGCGAUGGUCUGCCUCAAGGUACUCCACCUCCCACGACCACAUACAUGCCGUACGAGGACAACCCAGCGUUCAGCUGGAGCACCGAGGAUCUCUCUGUUAUACCCGAGCAGGAGUCUGGGGUUAGCCCCUUGGCCAUCUCCUCACCGUACUCGAGCCAGCAGUAUCUCAACAUCCCGUCGCCAUCGUACGGAGGCUACAGCCCAGUGUCUUCCACCUUUGGAGAAGGCUCUAUUACGUAUAGCGAUCACGAGGAAUUUGGCUCAUGGGACCCUGGCAUGACGGCUUAUCCGCCUCUUGGCUCUGGGCCGAACAACUUUGGUGUCGGGUUCGUCUCUCCAAUCCAGACCGUGUGGAUCUAA